GGCCUGAUCCGGGCGGGUGUAGGCGGCAGCUCGCGGCGGGCGGUGUCUGCGCGCUCCGGCGCUCGCGCUUUCGCCGAGUGGCCGGCCGAAAGCGGGGAGCGGAGCCGGGCGCCCACCCCGAUCGCCGCGCCGAGCGGGCGGAGCGGAGGAACGCGCCCUGCGGAGUCGGACCCUGCCUCGCGCGCCCUCCAGCCGCGCUCCAUGCUCCGGCCGCGGCCCGGCCCCGCGCCCCGGGCAGCACCAAUGCCCUGCGCGCGCCGGGAGCCGUAGGCUGCAGCUGCGCCGCGGCUCCGGGAGCCGGCGGGGCGCCGCGGCCGUGGGGGGCGUCCAUGGAUCGCCACUCCAGCUACAUCUUCAUCUGGCUGCAGCUCGAACUCUGCGCCAUGGCCGUGCUGCUCACCAAAGGUGAGAUCAGGUGCUACUGCGACGCCGCCCACUGCGUGGCCACUGGUUAUAUGUGCAAAUCUGAGCUGAGCGCCUGCUUCUCCAGACUUCUUGAUCCUCAGAACACAAACUCCCCUCUCACGCAUGGCUGCCUGGACUCUCUCGCGAGCCCAGCAGGCGCCUGCCAAGCCGGACAGGGCCACAACCGCUCUGGCAGCACUGCGCCCGUGCUGGAGUGCUGCCACGAGGACAUGUGCAAUUACAGGGGGCUGCAGGACGUCCUCGCCCCUCCCAGGGGGGAGGCCUCAGGACAAGGGAACAGGCACCAGCACGACGGGAGCAGAAACCUCAUGACCAAAGUGCAGGAGCUGACGUCCUCCAAAGAGCUGUGGUUCCGGGCGGCGGUGAUUGCCGUUCCCAUCGCUGGGGGGCUCAUCCUGGUGUUGCUGGUUAUGCUGGCCUUGAGGAUGCUGCAGAGCGAGAGCAGGAGGCUGCAGGACCAGCGGCAGCAGAUGCUGUCCCGUCUGCACCACAGCCUUCACGGACACCGCUCCAAAACGGGGCAGGUGGCAAAGCUGGACUUGGAGCGCAUGGUGCCCGUGACCGGCCACGAGAACUGCUGUCUGACCUGCGACAAGAUGAGACAGGCUGAUCUCAGCCAUGACCGGAUCCUGUCGCUUGUGCACUGGGGCAUGUACAGUGGGCACGGGAAGCUGGAGUUCGUAUGACGGGGUCUCACGGAACUCGACUUCUGGGACCCUUUGAGUUCUGCUGGACGGGAGCACUUUAUCUGAAGAGAAACAAACUCGCGUCACGACCUUCGAGAGAUAGAAUGACCUCUGCAAACAGAAUCUUGGAUAUUUCUUCUGAAGGAUUAUUUGCACAGACUUAAAUACAGACAAAAUGUAUUAUUUGCUUUAAAAGUAUAAAAAGCAAAGAGAAGACUCUGUACACUGUUACCAGGGUUAUUUGCAUCCAGAGGGAGCUGGAAUCGAGUACUUAAAUAAAAGAAAAUGUGCUCUAUGUAAGCUCCUACAUCUUGAUUUAUCAUAGAGAGUAAAAAAAAUAUAUAUAUAUAUAUACUUUUUUUUUUGUCUGAAAUUUAGCGGUGUCUUGUUAUAAAUUAAAAACUAAGCGGGAAAGGUAAGGAACUACAUGUUAAUUAUUACAAAUGAAGACCUAUCAUUGCCCAGAGUAGGAUCUCAACUAUAGAUUUUGGCUUAACUUUUUUAUUUUUAUUUUUUUUAAACAAGACCAAGAUCUCGUUUGUUCUUACAUGGCACGUGUGUCAGUGUCUUACCCACAAUUUGUUAUUAAGAUAAUGCUGGUUUUUAACUUUCAUCUAAAUGAAAUCAGAAACUUACUUAUACCAGGUCAGAUAUCACUGAUCAAUUUCUGAAGUUGCCUUAGCAAAGAGUGGUAUUUAUCAACUUGAUCUCCGUGCUCUGGAAUACGUUUUUAAAUGUGUCUACCUCCAAUCAAAAAAGGAAAAAAGCUUACUAAAUGAAACUUUUUUUUUUGGUAAAGUUAGUCACUGUCUACUUUUACUUCUUAAUUCAUCAGUUUAUUCUGUCUCAAACCUAAUUAAAUAUUUUGGACCCCAAAUUAGCCAAACAUGAUUGUACCAUGUUCCUAGUUUUUAAGCCUUCCUUCCACACAGUGUUAUUAUUUUUUUUUUACUUCUCAAUCUUUAGAAAGAUUUUCAAGAGUGAACGUUAUAUAUAUCGAGAUUUAAAUAACAAUUUCCUCCCCAAAUGAUUCUUUUAUUAAUAUAAUCAAAUAGACUUUGAUUUUAGCCACUAACACACUAUAUAACAGUGUUUCCACUCCUGGAGGACUUCGGCAAUAUAGCCCAGCCUGAAUUUAAACCCAUGCCACAUUUGUUUACUUUUUCCCCCCAGAUGGGUCUUUGUUAUCUUAAAUGUGAGAAUAAUUUGUAGGUUCUUUUCUCAAUUCUUUUGUAUAUUUGAAACUUUUGCUUAAAAAUUAACAUAUAGCCUGCAUAUUUGAGUACAUGUGGGGUUUUCUUUCACAAAUGUUAAAGGAUUUUUUGCAUUUUUUUCUGGGAUAUUUUAUGAUCAGUAUAAUUUGGGUCCCUUAAGAAGACAGGUGCAGUCGCUCAGUUGAUGGAAGAAUCUGAGUUGAAAUGACUAGUCUAAAAAUGAAUACCUAGGUUAUUUAGUAACUAAUGGACCACAGCCCCAAACAAAUUAGGCUAUGGAAUAAAUAUGCGUUUUAAUAAA